AAAUUUUGGUGUUAUAUUUCAUUAUUCGAUAAUAUUCAUUAAAAUAGAUAAAGUAUAUAAAGGAGUACUGCUACACUAGAAAGGUGAACAGAGAAUGUGAGGUCUGGUGUGGGGUGGUCCCGUCCCGCUUCCUCAAUCUUUACUCCGUUUGACAGACAUGGAAAAGUUGCCGGCGCUUCUUCCACCAUUUUUUAUCUUCUUCCUGUCCUUUUCCCUUACCCUUUCUGACGGAGAUUUCGCCGGAAAAUCUUCCUAUCUCGACCAAUCUUCCCCCGCCGAUUCUCUCUGCGCCCAGCUUAUCGAGCCCAACGGUUAUUCCUGCACCGAACACACUGUUCAAACUAAGGAUGGCUACAUAUUAGCUCUUCAUCGCGUGUCGUCUCGUUCUGGGGAUCUUAGAGUUCAACAGAGUCGUCCUGUUUUGCUUCAACAUGGAUUAUUCAUGGCAGGUGAUGCAUGGUUUUUGGAUUCUACUGAUCAGUCAUUGGGCUUCAUCCUAGCAGACCAGGGUUUUGAUGUCUGGGUUGGAAAUGUGCGUGGAACACGAUGGAGUCAUGGACACGUAUCUUUGUCUGAGACAGAGAAGGAAUUUUGGGAGUGGAGUUGGCAGGAAUUAGCUCUCUAUGAUCUUGCAGAAAUGUUACACUACAUAAAUUCAGUUACAAGCUUCAAAAUCUUUAUUGUUGGACAUUCACAGGGAACCAUCAUGUCUUUGGCUGCUCUCACUCAGCCAGACAUAGUGGAAAUGGUUGAAGCUGCUGCUCUUUUGUCUCCAAUAUCUUACUUGGAACAUGUCAGUGCUCCACUUGUACUUAGAAUGGUUGCAAUGCAUCUUGAUCAGAUGGUUCUUGCUUUGGGGAUACAUCAAUUGAAUUUCAGAAGUGAUGUGUUGGUGAACCUUGUGGAGUCAUUAUGUGAUGGGCACGUGGAUUGCACUGAUUUUCUAACUGCUAUAACAGGUCAGAAUUGCUGCUUUAAUAAAACUCGCAUGGACUUCUACUUGGAAUAUGAACCUCACCCAUCAUCUGUAAAGAACUUGCGCCAUCUUUUCCAGAUGAUCCGCCAGGGUACUUUUUCCCAGUAUGAUUAUGGAAUCUUGAAAAACAUACUGAUGUAUGGAAGGUUGAAACCCCCUGCAUUUGAUCUUAACAGCAUACCCAAGUCAUUGCCAUUAUGGAUGAGUUAUGGGGGGAAUGAUGCCUUAGCAGAUAUAACGGAUGUGCAGCACACUCUUGAGGAAUUACCGUCCAAGCCAGAGUUGCUUUAUCUUGAGAACUACGGUCACAUAGACUUCCUUUUGAGCAUAAAAGCAAAUAGAGAUAUUUAUGACAAUAUGAUCGGGUUUUUAAGGUCGUUGGAAAAGUCAAGUAGUUCUUAAAGUGACUGCUUUCUGUGUUCUUUCAUAUAAGAUGUGGUCUUCAAGUGUAAUUAACCAAUUAUUUGUCUGCAUAUGUUGUAAAGUUUGCCCCUAUUCCCUUUCUUUUAAGGUUUCAUGAACAGUAAGUUUUAAGAAGGAAGUUUAGUAUCAGUCUUGAAUAAUUAAUUUAAUUUGCCGCAUAGCUAUCAAACAAACUGGAUUCUUUUGUCCUAGGUACCAUAAAAGGAAAAUGGUUAAAUUAAGUCAAUUGUGCAGAGCUUACAGUGGGAAUUGGUUUUUACCUUAAUUUAACCAUUUUCCUAUGAUGGAAGUUAAGGCAAGUCGUUUUGACAGGGGCGGCAAGCUUGGCUGAAGACAUUCGCACUCUUGGAGCCUUUAAGAUACUUAAAUGAUGCAGCAAGUGAAGAAACCUGGAAGGAAGAUGGAAAUGGAGGACUUGAAAGUGUUCUGUUAAGGCAAUUUUGUUCAAGAAGAGCAUCGGGCAGCCUCGGAACAGCAAGAGCUCAUGUGCUUCCGCUCCAAGGUUGUUGGAAUAGAUUGUUAGCAUUGUAACUUGAUUAUAUAGGGUUUUCCGUUUCUAAGCAUUUCGUGAGGAGUUGAUUCCAUGAAAUGAUAUGUAUGGUGAUUUUAUAUAUAAAGAGCAGCAGAUUGCAUUUGCUCCU